AUGAAAUUAGGCCCACUGCAGUAUCCGAUGCUCACGGAGAGCAACUAUGCUGCUUGGGCCAUCAAGAUGGAGGCAUACAUGCGCGCUCAAGGGGUUUGGGAUGCUGUCGGAGCCAAAGACCAUCCCAAAGUUUCGGCAAGGAAGAACCAAAUGGCGUUGGCCGCCAUUUACCAGGCUAUCCCGGAGGGCACACUUUUCCUGCUAUCCCAGAAGAAGACAGCCAAGUCGGCGUGGGAGGCGCUCAAGACCAUGCACAUCGGAGACCAGGGCCUGAGGGAUGCCAAGCUGCAAACCCUCAAGCUGGAGUUUGAGGCGUUGCGCAUGAAGGAGACGGAGUCCAUCGACGACUUCGCCGUCCGGCUGACGACGGUCGUCAACGAGAUCCACACACUCGGUGAACGCAUCGAGGAGCCCUACACCGUCAAGAAGUUCCUCCGCGCCGUCCCCAACAAGUACCUCCAGAUUGCUUCGACCAUCGAGCAAUUUGGCGACCUCAACACCAUGACACUCCAGGAGGUUAUUGGGCGGCUCAAGGUGCAUGAGGAGCACCUAGGACGACUCAGUGCUACCAAGAAGGAGAAUGAGUUGUUGACACGCGCUGAGUGGAUAGCGAGGGAAGAGGCUAAUCAGUUCAGCCAUGAUGCAACCAAGGUAUAUGCUUUGGUUGCCAAGAUCCUCCUCCGUGACGCCAAGAAGGAGAAUGAGUUGUUGACGCAUGCUGAGUGGAAAGCGAGGGAAGUAGUUGAUCAGCUCAACCAUGAUGCACCCAAGGUAUAUGCUUCAGUUGCCAAGAUCCUCCUCGGCAGGAGCGAGGGAGGCUAUGGCGGUGACACAUACCGGGUAAGCGCUUCCAUUGCCAAGAUUUUGGACACUUUGCUUACAAGUGCCGCGAGGAAGGAAAGGGAGGUGAGAUCCAUGAUCGCUGAAGCUCGUGGUGACAAUGAAGUAACUCUUCGCCUCUGA